AUGGGCCAGAUGACUCGGAACCAGAUCACCAACAGGAAGACAUUGAUACUUCUUGUGCAUGCUCUUGUAAGCCUCUACCAAGCCGGACUCGACACAGACCUUGUUUAUCAUGUAUUCCAAAUAAAGAUUCCGCAAAAAUCAUGUUGUAAUAAAAAAGGAAGAGUGAAGAAAAAAUGCUUCGAAAAAAUGGCCUCCGAAACCGCCAGUCGUCAGGAAGUCUUAAAAAAGAAGAAAGCCGCCAAGAAGCAGAAAAAAGAAGCUCAAAAUAAAAGUGUUGUAAAUGAUGGUCCAGACAGUUCCGAUUGCGUAAAAUGCCAGAAAUUGGAGGAAUCCAAUGGGCCAAGUAUCAAAGAUGUAACAUCGAGUACUCCAUCGAAUGAAAUUGAGAAAAUCGUGAAAGAUUUUGUGAAGAACAUGAAGAAUCAAGGAGUAACCGUUGGAAAUAUUGAAUUGGUGGAUGAUUUGAAAGGGGAAAACUAUGAAGUUGAGAAAUGUUUGGAAGGAGCUAAGGAAACUUUUGAAGGAUUGGAAAUCAACGAGACUCCCGAUGAAUCAGAUUAA